GGUGUCGCUGUUUGUUUCACCACUGUCGGUCUGUGUGACGUCACAGGCAAACACCGCCAGCACCCAGGGCCUGCAGGUCCUCCUCACCCUGUCAGCUGAGCAGUCAUGUUACAAAUGAAAAACCGCAUGAGAUACAGCUCGCCGGGCAUCGCCGCUGCGAGGCUGUUUUCCUCCGGCCCCGUCAAGAACCCGGUCGUGUUUCUGGACAUCGAGGCUGACAGUGAGACUCUCGGAAGAGUAAUCAUUGAGUUGAAUGCAGAUGUAGUGCCAAAGACUGCAGAAAACUUCAAAGCUCUGUGCACUGGGGAACAUGGCUUUGGAUUCAAGGGAUCUGUGUUUCACAGGGUCAUACCUGAGUUCAUGUGUCAGGGGGGGGAUUUCACCAAACACAACGGCACAGGAGGGAAAUCUAUAUAUGGGAAAACGUUCAAAGAUGAAAACUUCAAAUUAAAACACACUGGUCCAGGAACACUUUCAAUGGCAAAUUCAGGGCCAAACACCAACGGCUCCCAGUUCUUUAUCUGCACGACUAAAACUGAAUGGCUUGAUGGUAAACACGUGGUGUUCGGGCAGGUGAAGGAAGGUAUGGAUGUGGUCACCAAGAUGGAAUCCUUUGGUUUACAUGACGGCGGUGUGAUCAAGACAAUUGUCAUCACUGACUGUGGGGAGCUCAAAUAACACCUAAGAUCCCAUGUAGACUUCAGUCGGAUGACUUAGUAUGCAACCAUUUACUGUUUUUAUUCUUAGUUACAGAUAUCUUGCUUUUCUAAGUUUUUAACUUGACCCAUCUACUUGUGUAUAAGUUGUCAUCCACUGUGUAAAAUGUUCUUAUUGCACAAUUACUCUCCAUUUACUGCCAAAUAAAUGCCCAUUUUCAGAUUUUA